UGUGUUGCUGGGGUAACGGGACGCUUGAGGUUUAGCUCAAGCGGCUUUAGCUAAUUAACUCAGCUAAGCUAAGCUCAGAGCAAGCGAUUUAUGAGCGCAAAUAUCUAACCAAAAUUCGCUUUAGGAUAAAAAUGGAAGUGAAGUUAUCUAUGGAUCCUCUUUUCCUUGCAUGGAGCUGUUUUAGGAGACGGAAGUUCCAGAAAUGUUCGGAUCUUUGCACAAAGGUGUUGGAGGACAAUCCGUACGACCAGGCAGCCUGGAGCCUGAAGACAAGGGCUCUGACUGAGAUGGUGUACAUCGAUGAAGUGGAGGUUGACCAGGAGGGCAUUGCAGAAAUAAUGUUGGAUGAAAGUGCCAUUGCACAAGUGGCACGUCCUGGAACGUCACUGAGACUCCCUGGGACAAGUCAGGGUGGAGGACCUACUCCGUCUGUCAGACCAGUGACCCAGUCAGGACGCCCCAUUACAGGAUUUGUAAGGCCCAGCACUCAGUCUGGUAGACCAGGGACAAUGGAACAAGCCAUCAGGACACCUCGAACUGCAAACACUGCCCGCCCAGUCACCAGUGCUUCUGGGAGAUUUGUCCGAUUGGGCACGGCUUCUAUGUUAACACAUCCGGAUGGACCGUUUAUAAACUUGUCCAGGUUAAAUUUGGCCAAGUAUGCACAGAAACCAAAUUUAUCCAAGACCUUGUUUGAAUACAUCUUUCACCAUGAGAACGAUGUCAAAAAUGCUUUGGACCUAGCUGCACUCGCUACGGAGCAUGCACAGUUCAAGGACUGGUGGUGGAAAGUCCAGCUUGGGAAAUGUUAUUACAGGCUUGGUUUAUAUCGUGAAGCUGAGAAACAAUUCAGAUCAGCCCUCAAUCAUCAAGAGUUUGUUGAUACUUAUCUCUACCUUGCGAAGGUGUAUCAGCGACUGGAUCAACCCAUAACUGCCCUGAACCUCUUUAAACAAGGCCUGGACCAUUUCCCAGGAGAAGUGACUUUGCUGACUGGGAUUGCCCGCAUUCAUGAGGAGAUGAAUAACAUCACUUCAGCUACAGAGUAUUACAAAGAUGUCUUAAAGCAAGACAACACACAUGUGGAGGCCAUUGCCUGCAUAGGAAGCAACCAUUUCUAUACAGACCAGCCAGAGAUCGCCUUGCGUUUCUACAGACGGUUGCUGCAGAUGGGUGUGUACAACUGCCAACUCUACAAUAAUCUGGGCUUGUGCUGCUUUUAUGCUCAGCAGUAUGACAUGACUCUGUCCUCCUUUGAGAGGGCAUUAGCUCUGGUUUCCAAUGAUGAGGAACAGGCUGACGUCUGGUAUAAUAUUGGGCAUGUCGCAGUGGGUAUUGGUGACUUGACUCUAGCUUAUCAGUGCUUUAAACUAGCUUUGGCAUUUAACAAUGAUCACGCUGAGGCUUACAACAACUUAGCAGUGCUGGAGCUACGCAAAGGCCGCAUUGAGCAGGCAAAAGCUUUUUUGCAAACGGCUGCUUCUCUCGCUCCCCACAUGUAUGAACCACAUUUCAACUUCGCUGUAUUGUCAGAUAAGGUGGGUGACCUUCAGAGUAGCUACAUGGCUGCCCAGAAGUCAGAGGAUGCCUUUCCUGAGCACGUGGACACUCAACAGAUCCUGAAGACCCUCAGGCAGCACUUUGCUGUGCUCUGAGUUUGGUUUUUUUUUUUCAUCGAAAUCUUUUCACAUUAUGUAAAAUGCCACUUUCAUAUUUUUCUAGACAGAACAAAGAUUUUAAUUAUUUCAGGAAAUAAUGUAAUAGGAAUUAUAAAUCACAGUGAAUAAUUGUAGUUAACUUGUGGCAAAAUCUACAGUGUAAUGAAUGGUACAAAAUUGGACCUCAGUUUAGUUUUUGAAAAUAUUAUGUGAAAGGUGGCACAGUGGUGUAGUGGUUAGCACUGUCGCCUCAUAGCAAGAAGGUCCUGGGUUUGAGCCCAGUGGCCGGCAAGGGCCUUUUUGUGUGGAGUUUGCAUGUUCUCCCACAGUCCAAAGACAUGCAGGUUAGGCUAACUGGUGGUUCUAAAUUGACCGUAGGUGUGAAAUGGUUGUUUGUCCUCUAUGUGUCAACCCUGCGAUGAUCUGGCGACUAGUCAGCUGGGAUAUGCUCCAGCUUGCCUGCGACCCUGCACAGGAUAAGCGGUUAUGGAUGGAUGGAAUAUUAUGUGAAAUGUAAAUGUGUUUUGCAUUAAAAUGUAUAGAGUGUAAGUAAAACAGUUAUUUUA